CCUAGCGUUCACCCGCAACACUUCGCGAUGAGUGACACUCUGGGAGGGGAAGCAGAACAAACUGUAAGCUGUUGAAGGAUCCAUCUUGCUCGAAAAAAGGCGAGGGUGAAGACUGUUUUUCACUAUAGUAUCCAAAAGACUGUAUCGUUCCCCGUUAAUCGCACUGGGGAGCCCGAGGAGGGGCUGUGCUGCUGUUUGUAGGAUGUCCCGACAUGAGGGUGUGAGCUGUGAUGCGUGUUUAAAAGGUAACUUCAGAGGAAGACGGUUCAAGUGUUUAAUUUGCUACGACUACGACCUGUGUGCAUCGUGCUACGAGAGCGGAGCUACAACAACAAGACACACCACAGAGCACCCCAUGCAGUGUAUAUUAACCAGGGUAGACUAUGACCUGUAUUAUGGAGGAGACACUUUUUCAGUAGAGCAACCCCAGUCAUUCACGUGUCCUUACUGUGGCAAGAUGGGCUUCACGGAGACAUCCCUACAGGAGCAUGUUACCUCAGAACAUGCAGAGACUUCCACAGAGGUGAUCUGUCCAAUAUGUGCUGCCUUGCCAGGAGGGGACCCCAACCACGUCACAGAUGACUUUACAGCUCACCUCACGCUUGAACACAGGGCGCCAAGAGAUUUAGAUGAGUCCAGCAGUGUUCGACAUGUACGCAGGAUGUUCCACCCUGGUCGAGGACUGGGAGGUCCCAGAGCACGACGGACAAAUAUGCACUUUACUAGCGGUUCCACGGGGGGACUCUCAUCCUCGUCAUCACAGAGCUCCACUUACACCCCCAGUAACAGAGAAGCAAUGGACCCGAUUGCAGAGUUGUUGUCUCAGCUGUCAGGCGUGAGACGUGCAGCAGGGGGGCAAAUAAACUCAUCAGGGCCUUCAGCCUCCCAGCUCCAACAGCUCCAGAUGCAACUGCAGUUGGAGCGGCAGCAGGCUCAGGCAGCACGGCAGCAAGUGGAGUCGGGCCGCCACGCGACACGACGCAGCAACAACCCGGGCAACACUGGCACCACCAUCCCUCCACCCAGCACAGCAACUGCCAACACUGCCACUGUGGGUGAAAGCAAUCCCUCAUCUUCGUCCCACAACUCCCAGUUCCUAUUAGCACGGUUGAAUGAACCUAAGAUUUCCGAGGCCGAGCGUCAGUUUCUAGAAGGAGAGCGUGCAGACCGCAGCCUGUUUGUCCAGGAGCUGCUUCUGUCCACGCUGAUGCAUGAAGAGAGCUCUUCUUCUGACGAGGACGAGCGCCGAGACUUCGCCGACUUCGGAGCCAUGGGCUGCGUGGAUAUCAUGCCUUUAGAUGUGGCGCUGGAGAACCUCCAGCUUAGAGAGAGCAGCUCUACGGGGAAGGAGCCUCCGCCGCCUCCUCUUUGAUGUCCGAGCAUCAAGCAGACUGUGUCCUCUGUGCUGCAACUGUCAGUGAUGGGCAGCAAACAGCAGCAAGCCUCCCUGGCCUCACCCUCCUUUUCUCCCUCCUUGUUUGUUUUUUGUUUUUGUUUUGGUUUUUUUUUUCUCGGUGAUUGUAAUUUCAGGCCUGUCACCAUUUUUGUUACAUUGUAAACAAAAAUAAAUGAGAGCAAGUGGGAUAAAUGUGCGAGUGCGCCAUAGCAACUGAGUGAGCGAGCGCGAGAAGAGAAAUAUAUAAAUAUAUAUAAAGUAUAUAUGAAGUUGAUAAUCAAUCCACAUAACUUUUCUUUAUCAGGUAAAUGUUACAGGCAGCUGUGGCAGACCUUUGCUUCCUGUGACAUGCAAACGGCUCUCCAUAUAAAUACUCCACGUUCAAAAGUCAAGAGGGCAAAGGCUCCUCUGAUGAAGCUGCUGUGUGUGUUUAUGACUAUUAAUAAAUAAAAAGUGCUUGGAUGGGUUACCAUAA